GAAGUUCUCGCCCAGCAGAGCUGGUAGGUGCGGUUGACGCCGCCGGGAGAUCACGACCCUCUGCCUUUCUGUGGGUCGCCGCUGCCAGACUGGCGAUGGACGAUACCCUGUUCCAGUUGAAGUUCACGGCGAAGCAGCUGGAGAAGCUGGCUAAGAAGGCGGAGAAAGAUGCCAAGGCGGAGCAGGCCAAAGUGAAAAAGGCCCUUCAGCAGAAGAACGUGGAGUGCGCCCGUGUCUACGCCGAGAAUGCUAUCCGCAAGAAGAACGAGGGCGUGAGCUGGCUCCGCAUGGCGUCCCGUGUGGACGCAGUGGCCUCCAAGGUGCAGACGGCUGUGACCAUGAAGGGGGUGACCAAGAACAUGGCGCAGGUGACCAAGGCCCUGGACAGGGCGCUGAGCAGCAUGGACUUGCAGAAGGUCUCUGCGGUGAUGGACAGGUUCGAGCAGCAGGUGCAAAACCUGGAUGUGCACACGUCGGUGAUGGAGGACUCCAUGAGCUCGGCCACCACACUGACCACGCCGCAGGAGCAGGUGGACAGCCUCAUCAUGCAGAUUGCGGAGGAGAACGGUCUGGAGGUCCUGGACCAGCUCAACCAGCUGCCUGAGGGUGCCUCCGCCGUGGGCGAGAGCUCUGUGCGCAGCCAGGAGGACCAGCUGUCUCGGAGGUUGGCCGCCUUGAGGAAUUAGCCGCGCCCGCGCUGGCCGCAGUGCUGGGCCGCAGUGCUGGGCCGCAGUGCGCUGCCUCCCCGGCCUUGAUGUGCCGGGAAGGAAGGCUCCUCCCUCCACACUGCGUCUUGCUUUUCUGCUGACCCUGCAGCAGCAGCUGUCAGCCCUCCCUGCUCCCAGCCCCCCACCUGCCAGGCCUGGGAAUUGUUCCUCUUUUCUUAGGGUGGGUGGUGGAUCUGUGUCCUGGUGAGUUUGCACAAACUUCUGGCUCCUGUGGGUAAUUUCUGUGACUCUGGGCCGACCAGCUGGAGGAUCUGCAGGCUUCCCUCUGUCCCCCACCCUCGAGGAGUUGACAGGGCCUGGCCAGUGGACACCCUGUGUAUUGUGGGGCCUUCACACUCCGAGUGACAGCAGACAUGCUGCUGGUGGUCAGCCAGUGGGGGUCAGGGCCCCCUGCUGCCAGGCAGUGGGCAAGGAGCUCUCCACCCCUUGGACAGACACGGCUCCAGCUGGUGCCCCAAGGAGGUGCUGGGAGCCUGUGUGUACUGAGGGAUGUCCUCAAGGGCCACCCAGCCAGCACUCCCUCCUAUGGGAUGUCCCAGGGGUGCGGUCUCGGCCAUUCCAGCCUGGAGCUGUGCUCCUGCCAACUGGCUGAGCCCCACUCAGGCUGCCAGGCUCCAAGUCCAGGCAUGCUCACCCUGGGGAUCUGCAUCCUCACUCCACUGCCACCUCGGGAGGGCCUCAGGCCCUGUGGGGUGUGCUGCGUGUCUCCUCCAGCAACCCUGAGUAUGCUGAGGCUCCUCUCAGCCAUGGAGCAGGGUGGCCUCAUGCUCCUCAACGGCGCAGUGGCAUGCUCUCUCUGUCGCUGUCUCCUGUCACUGUAAAUAACGAGGUGCCUCCCCACGACCAGCCUCUCCUCCUGCCUUGUUGGCUCACACCGUUUGACCUUAGAAGCCGCAGCCACCUUGGGUGGGGCCAGCAGCGGCAGUGCUUUGAGGAAACCCGGCUGCUGCUGUGGAGAGCCGGCAGCAGACGCUUCCAGACACCCUGCUGGGACAGCCUGGAAGAACCUGGGACGGGCGCGGUUUCUGUUGUUUCCAAUUCCUGAAGUUUUCGUCAUUUUCUUGAAGCUUCCAGGGUUUUUUGUUUUUGCCAAAAUAGAAGGAGCAGGCAGCAGAUGUGAACGUUGGGUCCGAGCCCCCUCCUUGGCGUAAGCUGGUGGGAACUGCAUGCUUGGUACUGACUGGGGCCUGGCUCGGUGCACAGCUGACCACCCCACCCAGCACUCACAGAGGCCUCCGACCGUCUGGCCUGUCCUUUCACUGAUGGCUCUUGUGAGCAGGAAUGUUGGAGACCUUUGCCUUGACUUGCUUUGUCUGAUUUUUCCUGGACUUACUGCAAGCAAUGAGUUGUGUUGGGGGCAGCCAUGGUGGGCCGUGAGCUAUGGGGUGAGACCAGAGAGUAUAGGGUCAGGGUGCUGUCGGGCUUUACUUCCAUGAUGCUGACCUCGCCUUACUCCCUGGCCGUGGUCCUUCGGGGUGCACACAUGCUGGAGGUUCAGAGAAGGUCCUGAGUGUCCUGGUCCCCAGGGGGUUCAGAGUUCCACAGAUGUGCCGGGUGGGGGACGGAGGCCACAGCUCCUUAAAGAUUAGUGGGCAUGUUUGCCGUUUGUCCUAAAAUGCUGUUGUAAGCAAACAAGUUGAUCCCUGAGAACUUGCUCCAGCUUUGUGUUAGUGUCUUGGGUGGGCCGGGAGCCGUAGGUGAGACCCUCAGGGUGGCUCAUGGGAGGCUGAGGAGGGGCACCUGGGGGAGGGGAGGUGGGUGGUAGGAGGAAUGCAGACUCUCAAGCCCUGCCCACACAGAUGGAAUCAGAAUCUACAAUUUUAAAUUCUCUUUAAGUUUUUACCUUGAAAUAAUUUUAAACUCACAUAAAAGUUGCAAACGAA